AUGAUCAAGACGCUGCCUACCGUUGAUGAUGUCUUGCCGGUUGCUAUCAUCGGCGCUGGCAUGGCAGGACUCUACACCGCCAUGAUACUUGAUAGCCUCGACUUAAAGUAUGAAAUUUUGGAGGCAUCAGACCAUGUCGGUGGACGUAUGUUCACCUACAAGUUCCAGGGAGGCUCACAGUAUGAUUACUACGAUGUUGGGGCUAUGCGCUUCCCUGGUUCACCUUACAUGCGCCGUAUUUUCAAACUGGUCGAAGACCUUACUCUUAAACUCAUCCCUUACAAAUUCAGUGCCGACAAUACCUUCAUGUACUUCAAUCAUCGUCGAUAUCAGCCUAACCCGCCCUCGUCUGAUCCACCUGCCGAUCCCUUUCAAGCGAAAGGAUACGUUCCUGACGAGUACCUCGUCCCUGGAAAUCCCGGAGACCUGAUGGCUGGCUUGUUGAAGCCAUAUCGCGACCCAUUCAUGCUGGACAUCCCAUCUGCUCUAGAGAACCUAUAUAAGCAAGACCGGUACUCUACGAGGACCUAUAUGUCGCUGGCGUGUGACCCACCAUACCCUGCGCCGGUCAUCAAUUGGUGUGAGACACUGGAGGAUUCGACAGGGUCUUAUGACCGGGCUUUUACGGAGACAGUGCUAGAUUCUGUUGCCUUUGAGUUUCCUGGAGAUAAGGAAUACUCUUGGUAUUGCUUCGACGGUGGGUCCUCUGUCUUGCCGAAGAAAAUGGAGGAGCUCUUGGGAACGCCCAUCACUUUCAAUGCACGUGUCAACCGUCUCGUCGGCGCCCCCGAUACCCCAGGCGUGUUUCUGACUGUUGACGGGGAAAUAGCUCCUCGCACGUACUCUUCGGUAUUCUGCACUGCCCCCCUCCCUUGUUUGAAUACCAUGGACCUCGAGAACUGUGGACUCGACUACGCCACUUGGAACGCUAUCCGCGAACUCCAGUACGGGCCAUCUACUAAAAUUGGCAUAUUGUUUUCCAAGCCUUGGUGGCAAGACCUAAGCACUGGUCCCAUUAGCGGCGGUCAGUCAUACACGGAUCUAAUGAUUAGGAGGGUGGUGUAUCCAUCCUAUCCGGAAAACGGCACGCCGUCCAAUGUUAUUAUCGCUAGUUACUGUUGGACCCAGGAUGCGGAACGGAUGGGUUCACUAAUUCGUGAGGGACCCAACACUCCGGGCCCCGACCUCAUCGACCUGGUCUUGAGGGAUCUUGCCAGGGUCCAUGACGUCGAAUUCUCGUAUCUCAAAUCAUUGUACAAGGCUCAUCACGCCUACGACUGGAUGCAUGACCCACUGACAAUGGGCGCCUUCGCUUACUUUGGGCCUCAGCAAUUCAAUUUUAUGGAGUCCGUUUUCAACAAUCUCACCAAGCCUAUCUGUGGCGGUAAACUAUUCAUUGCGGGGGAAGCGACCAGUUCUUGCCACGCAUGGGUUGCCGGUGCUUUAGAAAGCUCGUGGCGCGCUGUCGAAAUGUACUUGCGGUUGCACCACGCGGACUUGCUCGACAAGUUCCAUGAGAAGUGGGGUACCUCUGAGUACUGGGAGGACGAAGGAAUCGAUGCUCAAUUACGGAUUGGUCUUGCCCAGUCGUUCCCUGAGGCAAUGCAGUGGGUGCCCGCGACACCGGGUGUCCCUCUCCCUCCAAAGUAA